AUGGAUAGACCUCCUGUGCUGGCCACCUUCGCCCUCUCCGGCCCCAAGAAGGCCGCAGAGCGCACCAGCUUCGACGUCAUGGUCAUCGAGCAGGUGGCCUCGAGCCUGGCCGAGGCCGCCGCGGGCCUCCAGAAGGGGCUCCUGGAGGCUGGCUCAGGCGUUGCCGAGGCCGCCGCGGCGGUGGCCGCCAAGACCGCGGAGGUGGAGAAGGUGGAGGUGCAAACGAACCAGUGCAAGUCGGAGUUGGAGCAGGCCCAGGCACAGCACCAGGAGAGCGAGGCUGUCUUCCAGGCCGCCGCCGCGGAGCUGAAGGCCCAUUCCGCGGAGGCCAAGAGGCUCGCGAAGGCCCGCGACGCCGCGCGGGUCGACCUGGAGCGCCUCGACGCCGGCCCCCUCGCGGCCUUCGAGGCGCUGCGGCUGGCGACCUCCAAGAGCGCGGCCGGCGCGCUGGGCGAGCCCUCGCUCGAGCCUGGACAGCCGUGGAGCGGCAAGGACGCCGGAGGCACCCAGGAGUUGUGGGAGAGCUUCGCGCAGGCCAUGGAGCUCGAGUUCAUCGACAUCUACCAGAUCAGCAGCGACGAGUUCUCCUCUUCUGCAGCAGCUGGCGGCGAGCCCGAGCUCGGGAGCCGCAGCCCCGCGAGCGCCCGUGCUGGGCGCGGCCGCAGGCUGCCCGAGCGCUGCUCGCUGACGUCGCAGCACGACGGCGAGGGGAGCCUCGCGGUCGGCCCAGGCCACGGCGCCCGGCGAGAGAUAGACGUGCAGGUCCUGCUGGCCGACGGCAGGACGAUCGGCCUCACGAAUGUCUCCCCCGAGGAGACCGUGGAGCACCUCAUUGCGCGCAUCGAGCAGGCUGAUCCCCAGCGCGGGUUCCUCGUCGGGCCCCGCGGGAAGGUGUGGGCCAAGCGCGACCUGAGGGGGAACCUGUCCCCAGACGUCCGGCUCGUCCACCAGGGCGCAACCCUGCGCCCCAACUCGCCCAUCGAGGAUGUGAGGAUGCAGCGCGGGGCGCUGCUCAAGCUGAUCCCAGGAACCGCCGUCUUCAUGGACACCUCGUACGUCAGCAGGCCCGAGGCCAAGAGGCCGUGGGUGCCGCGUGCGAGCCCGGAGCUCGCGCGGCAGAAGCCCGUGUGGACGCCGCCAGACAGCGCCCGCGCAGCGUCGUCUCGGGCGCAGUCGCCAGCACUGCACCCGCUCUUCCUCAAGGACGACGCCGGGGCGGCUGGCAAGCCGGCGGCCGGCGCGCAGCGCCUUCUUGCGGAGCCGCCGCCAGCCGCCGAGCCGCACGCGCGGCACCGGCGUGAGCCGUCGGAGGCCCGCGCGGGCUUCGCGGGCUGCUCCCGCGCGCCGGCUGCCAGCUGCGGCCCGCGCCGGCGCGGGGCGCGGGUGAGCGCGCGGAGCACGUCGGCCACGAGCCUGAGCGCCGUGGGCCGCCGGUGCGCGGUGUGUCUCGAAGCAGAGGCGCAGCACUCUGCUGAAUCGAAGGCGCGCCAGUCCCGGGGCUUGGCGGGCUGUUGCGCGCGCACGGUAAUAUUAUGUUCAGCAGGCUGCAGCAUCGCGGAUCGUGAGCUCGCUGCCAUGGUUAGCCCGUCAGCGUGUUGCUCGUUCGCUCAGUAUCGUUUAGGUCUGCGAGGGACCACGAACGCCGUGGGAAGGCCGCCGUGGCCUCGACUGGCCCUCCCACAGGGGAGCGACUUCCUCCGCCGCUCCAGCGGGCGGCGGUACCGUGAGCAGUGCAGCGCCCUCGCCUCUUACCAUGGCGUCGGAGUUAUGGGCCCUUCUCCUCCGCGAGCUCUCGCCCUGCUACCCCCCGCCCCGUACAGUCUAGGAUAGCUUAGGAUGUCGCAAGCUGGGCGGACCCCAGGUCCUUCCUCGCGCGGCUCGUCUAGUUCUGCCGCCUCAGAUGUUGCGCCCGUGCUAAUGCACUCGGCAACUCCACGGCCGCCAGCCCCUCCUCCGUCUCGCGCUGCGGCGCAGCUUUUUUUGUACGGGGACGCGCAGUGCUCGAGCUUGAUGGCAUCAUUGUCGCUGCGGAAGAGGCAACCCA